UGAUGAUCGAGAGCGCGCGUGGUCAACACGAAGCAGGUAGAGAAAAAUUCAGCAGUUUUGUUUGCUCUUAAUAAUAAAAAUAAAAAUCAACUCCACGUUUCGAACAACCUAACCACUCAUCCACCUGUUAUCUUUUCUCUUUCCUUUAAGCUUUUCCUUUUCUCAUCGUUCCUCCCACACGCCUCUCACUUGUUCCGAUUUGCCCCUUUCGAAUCAUCACCGUCCGUACUCGUCUUCCGUCUCUUAUCCAUUCUUCUCCUUUUUUUCGACACAAUAAGAAUGGCUAAUUGUUCGGAAGACUCCAACGCUUCUCAGUUCGAUAUUCUCAGAUGCCCUUUCUUGAGAAACAUCAAUGAGCCCACUAAUCUCUCCUUCUCUUCCUCCUUGCCUUUUCCCAUCCCCGCACGAGCAGGUCACGGACCUAUAUUCGAGGAUGGACCCAAUUUUGACACUGCCUUUAGACUUUUCCACGGGCAAGAUGGUGUUGUCCCUCUCUCCAACAGCCCUAGAGCUGAAGCUGAGAAGAACCGCGAGCCUGUGUUUAACCCACUCGCUGCUAAGGCCGCCACUAUUAGUCUCUCAUCUUUUGGACCUGGAGGGCCUUUUGGAUUUGAUGCGUUUUCCGACAUGUUUAAAAACCAAAAGAGAAAGUCUGACUCUUCCAAAAAGAAUGAUUCUUCCAAGGGAGGAAACCAUGAAUCUUUGAGUGACGACUGGCUUCAAACAGGAAACUGUCCAAUCGCUAAAUCAUUUCGAGCUGUAAGUGGUGUGGCACCGCUCGUGGCGAAGAUCCUGCAACCACCUCCAGGGAUGCAUUACAAGUGCCCUAAAGCAAUAGUAGCAGCUCGAGCAGCUAUAUCAAAAACAGCUUUCGCCAAGAACCUCCGCCCACAGCCUUUAUCAUCCAAAGUACUAGUGAUAGGGAUGCUGGGGAUGGCGCUAAACGUGCCUCUUGGGGUUUGGAGAGAGCACACUGAAAAGUUCUCUGCAUCUUGGUUUAUAGCUCUUCACGCAGCGGUUCCAUUCAUAGGGAUACUGAGGAAGUCUGUGUUGAUGCCUAAGAUGGCUAUGGUGUUUACCAUAGCUGCGUCUGUUAUGGGACAGGUGAUUGGGUCAAGAGCAGAGAGGUAUAGGCUCAAGUCGGUAGCUCAGAAGAAGAUGACAUUGGCUGGACCAAACGUGUCGUCUGUUGAAGCAACUCAGAUGCAGUUCCCCGGAGUUUCAUCGGAUGGAAGGUGCGGUGACAAAGUGGUGAUGAAAUGGAAUCCGAUGUUGCUUGAAGUACCAAGUCCUGUCACUACAGGAGCAACUAAUGUUGUCUGCUAAAAGAGUUCUGAUUUCUUCAAGAUUCUCGAUAUAUAUAUAAUUGUUUUCCUUCUUGUUUUGGAGAUUGUAUUUGUAAAAGUUUCUAUAUGUUUGAGAAAAACUAGAAUAAAUUAUUUUUAAACUGUUGAAAUUGUAUUUAAAAUUUUAAAUGUAAAAGACUCGGUUUAUUAAAUAAAAUAUAAUAAAAAGAUG